AUGUAUCAUCAGUUGGCCUGCUGGCCCAAUGGUAAGGCGCUUGACUACGGAUCAAGAGAUUGCAGGUUCGAAUCCUGCCACGCAGCGAAGGAAUUAGAGGCGGUCAAGAAAGACCUCAACACCGCAAAUACGACGAUCACGCAAAUGCGGACCAAAGUGUGGCAGACCGAAUCCAGGUAUCAAGGCUCCUUGAAUGGUGUCCGCGAGCGUGACAAGACGAUCGAUGAGAUGAAGGCCGAAAAGGAGGCUGCGCGCCUGGACGACUACAAUAAUCUCGACCCCGAUUACGAUGGGGCAAAAAUCAUGAUCGUCAGCAGAACCUGCUUGGCGAAGGCAGUGGAUAUGGGAAAAGACGGUGGAAAGAAAGCCCACCUGUAUUCUCAUGGGUACGAUUACCAGAACCAAGUGCUUCAGAUCAAAAAGGUGAAUCCCCGCGAUCGACGUUCUGCUUGGAUCAUCACCUUGGAUUCGUCGAUGAAAAGGACACUUCGGACAUCUGACAAGUUCCAAAAUCUCUACGGCAAGAAAUAUCUGUAUUCUGACAGAGAGGGGUACCUAGGUGCAGCUCCUUUGCGGACAAAUUCCUUCGGACAGCUGUUUUCGAGACUCCGGCUUCCUUGA